AUGUGGCGCUCAUUGCUCGCCGCUCCACGGCUCUCGACUCCCGCGCCCCCUCCCGCCGCCGCUGCCGCUCGACGCAACCUGCGCGCCCUCGUUGCGCGCUCUCGGAAGGACGUGCCCGAGGGCGAGGCCGCAUCCAGCCUGGUUGAUGUCGCGGCGGUCUCUGCGCUGCCAAGGCAGGACCCGAAGGCACGCGACAUAGAACACUCGUCCAUCUACCGGUGGUGCCGCGCGAGCCCAUCCAUCCACGCGCAGUCCGCGUCGCCCGCGGACGUGGAGGUGGAGAUCUCGCACUCGACCCUCAACUACAAGGACGCGAUGAUCGUCCUCGGCCAGAAGGGGGUCGCGGGGCAGUACUUUGACGGCGGCUACGCCGAGCGCGCCACGCUAGGCGGCGAGCUAGCGACGAGCGUCUACCCCUUCAUCCUGAGAGGCGUGCGGCUGCUCGGCGUCGACCAGACGAUGCCGUAUGACCUCGAGGGGUACCCCGACGACCCGCAGCGGUGGGACGGCUGGCGCGCCAUAUCUCCCCAUAUCUCCCCACAUCUCCCCACAUAUCCCCACAUCUUCCCAUCUCCCCAUAUCUCCCCAUAUCUCCCCGACGACCCGCAGCGGCGCGCCGAGCGGCAGCGCAUGUGGGCGCUGCUCUCCGAGUCGCUAGGCGACGGCGCGCCGUGUUUCUUGUCUCAACCCGGCGACGACGCCAUCGGCGCGGUGCACGCGGGCACGAUCGGCCUGGCGCAGCUGCCCGAGUACGCGCCGAAGAUCAUCGGCGGCGAAGUUGCCGGGCGGCUGCUCGUUGACGUCAAGGCAUGA